AUGGCGGCGGCGAGGACACGAAGCAGUGGACCUCCUUCUCUUUCUUCCUUUUCUCUCGUUUUCCUGUUCUCUGUUUUCAGUCUGUGUCAAAGUUCGUUUAGCGGAGAAACUUCCAGAAGAAACGUGACGGUAGAACUGAACCCCGGCUCGCCGGCGCUGCCUCCUGGUGGCGACCUGCUGCACGCGAGAGCCGUCGGCGCCGCGGACACGCUGCACUUCCUGUUCUGCAGCCAGGGGGCGCCGACGCUGCUGCUGGUCCACACCAACUCUUCUUCUUCUGCUCUCACGGUGAACUGGACUCAGUUUGAGGCUCGCAACGUCAGCGGCAGCCUGAAGGUGGAGCCAGAGAGCAGCAUCCUGUACAGCUCCGCCAUCGUCUUCAGCAGGCUGUUGGAGUACGACGACGUGAACGACACGGCGGACCCGACCUCUGACCUCUUGCCCCCGUACGACCUCCAGGACUUCACCUGGUCGCGUCUCAACCAGUCGGGUCUGAGCGCCGAGCUGUGCGGCGCCGCCGAAAGCUUCGCCAACGGGUCACUCUGCCUCCAGCUCUCUCUGUUUGAGUCCGAGGGGCGGGAUCAGUCCUGGCCCCGCCUCCUCCACACAGCUGACUCCUCCCAGUUGAAGGUGUGGCUCGAUGGCGUGUUGCCACGGGCGACCCGUUCCCGGUUCAUGCUGGAGCUGCAGGCGGUGGGCGGAGCUAACCCUCUGAGCCGCGUGGAGGUCCGCCGGUCCAUCGACGACGAGUUCACGCCGUCGAUCUUCAAGGUGUCUCAGUGGGUGUCCUCGGGGAACCGCAGCUCCGAGGUUCUGGGGUUCCUCCAGUGGAAGCCGGUGGCGUACCGGCAGGCCGACCCGGCGCUGGAGUUCGCCACGCCGUGCCGGCACUCCGACCCGCGGCCUCAGACCGCGGCGGCGUCCGCUCUGAUCCGAGGGUUCUACGCAGAACCGCAAACAUUGGGACUGAACGUGAGCUUCGGCCUGGCGGGAGAACCGUUCUACAACAGCACCAAGUUCCUCAGCUGGACGGUUCUGCUGGGCUCCGGUUCUCCUCCCGUGGACUCCUUCUCUCCGUUGGUUCUGACCAUGAUGGCGGUGGGCCUCGGGACUCCCAUGAUCCUCCUGCUGGUGGGAGGAGUCUGUGUCUGUGUCCGAAAGAGGGCGGCGGCCUACGAGCCAAUCAACUGACGGUUGUUUUUAGGACUUGUUGACAGAUGACCUGAGUCCAGCCGACCAAUCAGGACGCAGGACGCUUUUCUGAAUGGAAAACAAUGUUUUAAUCCUGAGUGAACAUUUAUAUUGAUGAAUGUUUGUUUACCAACAAACAGCAUCAACAAGAGUUCAGUGAUCACUAAUAAAGUUUAAGCUGCUGAUUGAAAAUAAAUUAA